CCUCAACCCCUCUCUCAUCAUGCCAAUACGACGACUGAUCUCCCGGAACCGUACAUGGUAAACACUCUCUCGAGGGAUCCUUUUUGCAACAUGCAAAGCGUUGACGUCCCCCUCGCAACCUCCCCUGGCUGGAUCCGAGCUCCCUUCGAGCGCAAACAAAAACCCCCACCGGAACCGAUCAAGAUUCAAGAACACACAACACAAAUCGCUCUCCAUCCUCCUCGACGACCCGUCACCUCACUUCUUUCAUUCGCUUCACCUCGCGCGUUUGCGUGUUCUUGGGCCGGCCAGGAGCAAGUUAACUAAGAUGAGCUCCUCCGGUGGGCCGCCGCCGCCGCCGGGGCCCGGGCGGCAGCUGAACCCGCCGGACGGGAACUCCGUGGGCAUGUUCAGCUCGGACCGCAUCGGCGGCUUCGGCUACGGCGUCGGCGUCUCCGUAGGCAUCCUCCUCCUCAUCACCACCAUCACCCUCGCCUCCUACUUCUGCACCCGCGCCCCGCCCGCCAUCGCCGACACGGACGCCGCCGCAUCCACCCGCCGCCCGCGCCGGCGCCGUCCGGAAGACGAAGACGCCAACGCCAACAACAGCAAUGGCGCCGAGGCCGACUUGGAGCUGGGCAUCGACGAGGCGACGCUGAAGGGGUACCCGGAGGUGGUGUACGGCGAGGCGAAGGGGAAGAAGAAGAAGAAGCCGGGCGCGUCCACGACGUGCACGUGCUGCUCGGUGUGCCUGGACAACUACGGCGACGGCGACGUGCUCCGGAUGCUGCCCGACUGCGGCCACCUGUUCCACCGGGAGUGCGUCGACCCCUGGCUCCGGCAGCACCCCACGUGCCCCGUCUGCAGGACCUCGCCGCUGCCCAGCCCCAUGCCCACGCCGCUCGCCGAGGUCACGCCCUUGGCCAUGGCCAGGCCGUCCUGACAUGACUUGACACACGGAGGUUCUGUCUCCCUCGCUUUGGUUUUCCUUUCUUACUGUUCAGUAUGAAAUGGAACAGGUGGGGGAAUUGUUUCGAUCGGGAUAGGAAUUAGAAGAAACUUCUUUUGUUGGUCUUGGGGUGUAAUUAAAUUCGGUUUCAGCUUAAUUAGCUCUCUUUCUGAUGAAAAUGCAAGCCUGGUUAGCUUUCUGAACCUCUGAGGUUGAGCUCAAAGAUUGUUUUUCAGAUUAGCAAGUUAAAUGUAGAUCAAUUUAGUUCGCGCAGAUGCCCAACAUGGCCAAUUUCUGUUCUGAGUUUCAAUUUAGUGAGCAAUACUCUUACUCUGAAGAUACUGUGAAUGGUGGAUUCAAAGCUCGAAAUGCAAAUGCAUGAUCUA